AUGAAAACUGUGCUGCUUCUCCAGUGCCUGCUGUUGACUUGCCUCACACCACAGCUGGUGCCUGGAAGUCCCAAGGAAUAUUUUAUGAAGGAUAUCUUGGAACCUCCACCCUGCAGAGGACCCCCUGGAAACUGUACUCAAUUCUGCACCUUGCAGGAAGAUUGCCCAAAAGGAUUUCAGUGCUGUUCUGCCUUCUGUGGGACAAUCUGUACAUUAAACAAAAAGAUCAAGCAAAAAAAGUAA